AAAGGCGACAUGGGCUGUGAAAUUGUGAAUUUGCAGUUUGGGUACGAAUUAUGUUCUGCAGUAAUACUGUGCCCAUCUAUUUCAUUUUGAGUACGAGUCUUUGGUACUAGUAGUCUUUGUUGUUACUACGGAGCAGGUUUCAGUUUAGCGUCAAUAUAUCAGUUGUCAGCUGAACGGCCCAGCAGAACAUACGUUUCCUUGGAAAGGCUUGCAGUAUGGAUGAUGCUGACGUACAGGCCAAAAUUUCGGUCUUCAAUGUUCAACUGACGCUGUUUGACCCCAGUGGGAAGCCGGUGCUAGAUGUGCAGCAAGGCAAAGACGUGCGGUUGGUCGUCGAAGCGGCCGACGGAGGCCUAAAUGUUUCUUUCAAAGCAGGAGAGAAGACAGUGCUAGAAGGACGAGUUUCUCCCAGCACUACUCGUAUUGCAUCCGGAGAUGUCUUGCACCUUCUGCAGCUGGAGCAGGGGACGGCUAUCGUUCGAUUCGCCGAUGCAGUCGACUCCAGUCAGUUUGCUACGCUCAUCAAGCGGCAGGUCGCGACGGCGUCUGUUUUUGAUGAACGCACGGAGGAGGCAUCAGCAAAGCAGUACUUUCAAUUCUAUGGCUACUUGUGCCAGCAACAGAACAUGAUGCAGGACUUCACGAGAACAUCUACGUAUCAGGCAGCAAUUCUUCAGAACGGCAGUGACUUCUAUGGAAAGGUUGUAUUGGAUGUGGGUGCUGGCUCGGGAAUCCUAUCAUUCUUUGCUGCACAAGCCGGUGCCCGCAAAGUGUAUGCAAUUGAAGCCAGCUCUGUUGCGAAAUACGCAAAGAUACUCGUUGAAAACAAUAAAAUGGACAAUGUAAUUGAAGUCAUUCAUGGUCAGAUUGAAGAGGUCCAUAUACCCGAAGAGGUGGACAUCAUCAUCUCCGAGCCAAUGGGCUAUAUGCUGUUCAAUGAGCGUAUGCUGGAAACGUUUCUCCAUGCGAAGAAGUGGCUCAAGCCGUCCACGGGUCGGAUAUUCCCAACACAGGGUGACCUGUACUGUGCACCAUUCAUGGAUGACAUGCUGUCAAUGGAACAAUUCAACAAGGCUAACUUCUGGUGUAUGACAUCAUUCCAUGGUGUCGAUUUAUCCAGUCUAAGGAGUGCUGCAGCAGAGGAGUAUGCUCGGCAGCCUGUGGUUGACACGUUUGAUGUGCGCAUUCUGCUUGCCCGUCCCAAUCGACACAGCGUUGACUUCAGCACGGCGGACGAGAAAGACUUACACAGAAUUCAUUUCCCAGUCACGUUUCAAGUCUUGUCCCCCGGCACCGUGCAUGGAAUCGCCUUCUGGUUUGAUGUCGCCUUUAUCGGCUCAUCGGCCACUAUCUGGUUGUCAACAGCGCCUCACGAGCCACUGACCCACUGGUAUCAGGUACGGUGCUUGCUCAAAUCACCGCUCUUGGUACGUGUUGGUCAGACACUGAGUGGCAGUGUUACUCUGGUGGCCAAUAACAGGCAAAGCUACGAUGUAACCAUUGAUCUUGGCGUUGACGGUACAACGCAGCGCUCCUCCAACUGCUUGGACUUGAAGAACCCCUACUUCCGUUACAGCGGUAUGCAGUUACAACACACAGUGCAAGCCAACAAUGUCUCGCCGACGGACACGUACUGGGGUGCGGAUGCCUCCAGCACCGGUAACACCACCGGCCAGCCCAUGGCCACUGAUCAUGCGUCGGCGGGUGCGGCAGCCGGCUCUGCUGGCUACGUGGGUGGCGUGCGCGGAGCUGCGCCCGAUGCUGGCGCACCGCUACUGGCCAACUACACGCCGCAAGCGGCGGCGGCGUACGGGAACACGGCCCUGGCCAGCAGCGGUGGCACCAACGGUAGCGUGAUGUCGGCACGUGUCGCUACGCCGUCCAUGCCCGGUGGAGGCGGCGGUGGCGCUAGCACUUACCCUGUCGGUCAAGACCCCAUUCACUCACAGCAACAGACCACGUUAGCAUCACGCUUUGGCCUGACCAGUGCUGGCCCAUCAGGCGUUCCCGUAGCUAACAGCCAUCCCAUCAUCCCCAGUGCAGCAUCAGCGGCCAGCUCUAGUUCGUUUGCAUCGAAUUUCCAGCAAACGGCCGUAGGUCACCAGGCAUACAAUGCUGCUGGCCAGCCUAUGCCGGCAGUCUUCAAUGGCCAGGCACUUCCACAAUGGCAACAACAACAGCAGCAGCAGUAAUAGCAAGCGCCACAGCACGGUUUAGGUCCGUGUCAGGUCUUGGCGUGAACAACGCUAUUUAUUUCAAACGGCCGGUUGUUUAGCAGUGCGAUUGGUGGUGCCGGCAGUGGUGGCGCUGAUGCUUGCCUCUCCAGGCAACGGUCACUGUCUUAGAGCUCGACGACGUGCCAUAACUUUUACACUUCUCCUCGUCUUUAUUGCUUGCUGUUGUUGCUCUGGUGUAGGCUGUCCUGUCCUUCCCUUUACUCACCCAUUAUCGUUUUAGUGACAUUUUCUCCUUUCCUAGUGUACAGUUGUUGUUGUUGUUGUUGUUGUUGUUGUUGUUGCUGCUGCGGCGGCCGCUAUUAUUCGCCGACGUGCUGGAUGCUUGUGUAAUAAUGAUCAUGCUCUGUGACGGCCCUCUCACCCACUGGCCAUCAUGCUCUGUGACGGCCCUCUCACCCACUGGCCACCUUGUGUAAUAAUGAUCAUGCUCUGUGACGGCCCUCUCACCCACUGGCUACCUCUGCACAUCUACAAACCACUGUCAUUACGUACCGUACCGUAUUAUCAGCAUUGUCCAUUAUUGCCAUUGCCCUGCUAUAUAAUUUCUGUUAUGUGCACAUGUGUUCAUUUGUUGAUACCAGUAUUUGUUUUGUUGUUGUUGUUUUUUUUAAAUAUUCUCCGCAUGUAGCUGCUAAUUUAAGAAUCGGAGCCGACAGUCGCUCCGCUCGCGGUUUCUUUUGUACAGAUGUCUUUAUUACCUCUA